AUGGGUGGGGAUAUGAAUUCUUCCUUCUUUCACAGAAGUGUAAGGAUUCGUAGAUACCAUAAUUCCAUCACACAUCUCACUGAUCAUAAUGGCAGGGAAUGCUUUGAUUCUCAUUCUAUUGAUAAUAUGUUGGUUGGGCACUUUAAUUCUCUUUGGAAUAAUCCUGAUGCUAGGCCUCUUAACUGGUUUUUGAAGGCCCUUCCCCCUGACUUGCCUACUUUAUCAUCAGAUCAACAAUUGUCUUUAACCAGACCUGUCACCAAAGAUGAGAUCUAUACUAACUUCUUCGAUAAUGCUGUGAUGCCUAGAGCUUGGGUUGGUAAAGAGCAGAGUGGCUUUGUGUCAAGUCAUUCUCCUGUUGAUAAUAUUAUUGCGGUUCAGGAAAUGAUUCAUUCUAUUAACUAUGAGAAGUGCUUCCCCCGUAGGAUGCUUGUCAAAGUAGAUAUUGAGAAGGCUUAUGAUACACUUAAUUGGAAACCUUCUGACUGUUUGGUAGCUUUAAAUUUGGUUGCGAUUCUCAACAAAGCUAGGUCUCUUGAUCUUAUUCCGGGUUUUUCCAGUAGAUUAAGAAAUAAUUUUAACCAUCUCAUGUAUGCCGAUGAUCUUAUGUUAGUCUCUGCUGCUUCUAGGAAGUCUGCUAGGAAUAUUUGCUUUUGUUUAACCAUGUAUGCCCAUCUCACUGGUCAGUUUCCCAAUAAACUCAAAUCAGAGAUUUACUUUCCAGAAUGGUUUAAUAAUCAGGUUUCUACCAGAAUUUGCAAGAUUCUAAACUUCAGACUUGGCAAAGUUCCUUUUACUUAUCUUGGAGUUCUUAUCUCCCAUAAGCGUCUUGCUACAGCUCAUUUUGAUUCCAUGAUUAACCGUAUGAACUUGGCUAUUGCUGAGUGGGACAAGGCUCAUUUGUCUAAAGCUGGCAAGUCUAUACUCAUUAAUAGCAUUUUGAUGGCCAGCCCCAUUUAUUACCUUUCAGUUUAUCCUAUUCCUGACACUGUUCUUACUAAGCUCUCCAGCAUUGUUAGGAAAUUCCUUUGGGCCAAUUCUGAUCUUGGUAAAGGUAUGCCUUUAGUGAGUUGGGACACGGUUACAUCUUGCAAGUCUGAGGGGGGUCUCGGCAUAAGAAAUCUGCUUAAAGUUAAACACUCUUUAAUGGCAAAGAAUCUUUUUAAUUUUCUUAAUAAGCAAGAUGCUUUAUGGGUUGAUAUCUUAUACUUGAAAUAUGGGGAUCCCAAUUUUUGGUCUUUGAACACCCCUCCUAACUGUUCGGCUUUUUUCAAAGGUUUGAAUAUUACUGCUUAUGUUCUUAAAACUUAUCUGUGGAUCAAAACUCUCAAUCUGGUCCUUACUUCUUUCUGGCAUCAUCCUUGGAUGUUUGACAUUCCUAUUACUUUUAAACCGGUUUUUAUUAAUAUGGAUCUUAAUCUGGAUAAUCUCAAAAUUGAUGAUUUGUUAACUAACUCAUCCUUGAAUUUGAAUGCUUUGAAUACUAUGUUUGGGUUCAAUUGGGAUUCUCCCAUCUUGUCUUAUGGGGAGAUCAACACUGAGGAGAAUAAUCAUUGGAUUUGGUUCCCUGCAUCGCAAGGUAACAAGAUUACUGCCUCUGUUUACACUUUUCCUGAUGAACAAACAUGUUGA